AUGUUCGGCGAUACACCGAAUAUAAUUGAAGACGAUGAAAAUUAUGAUAAUGAUCAAUAUGAUUAUGAUCGAUUACAAUUUGUUGUUGAUAAACGAACAAAUUCUAGUCUUGUUAAAAAUCAAGAUGAACAAUUUCCUCAGCUAACAUCAACAACAACAACGGGUUUAAGUUCAUGGCGUGUUUCACGUUUUCUAUUAAAUUUUCUCUCGAUUUCACCAGACAUGCUUGCUCGAGCUGAAGAACAAUUAUAUCAAGAUUUGAAAACAAAAUAUUAUGGUGAAUAUAUAAGUAUUCGUGGUGAUAAUCUAAUUUGGACAAUAAGAAGUUUAUAUUCGUUACAAACAGCUAUACCAAUUGUGCUUAUACAUGAUUUUGGUUGUGCUAGUGGUAUAUGGAUACAAAAUAUAGAUUUUUUUAGUGCACAUCAUCCAUUAUAUACGUUUGAUAUACUUGGUUUUGGUCGUUCAUCACGACCAAAUUUUGAUCAAAAAAAUUCAAUAAAUGCUGAAACAAAAUUUAUUGAAUCAAUUGAAGAUUGGCGUAUAGCUGUUGGUUUACAAACAAAAUUCUAUUUAGUUGGUCAUGGUUUUGGUGCUUAUUUAGCUACAUUAUAUACAAUGAGAUAUGGACAAUUUAUUAAAAAAUUAAUUCUUCUUGAUCCAUGGGGUUUUAAUCCAAAACCUGAUGAAAAUCAAUUAAAUUUAAGAACACCAUUAUGGAUUAAAAUAAUUGCUUAUGUUUUUCAAACAUGGACAUCAUUUUCUGCAUUACGUUAUCUUGGACCAUUAGGUUUACCAUUAUUAAAAAUAUUUGCACCACGUUGGAAACGUUUAGCACCAAUGGAUUCUUCAACUGAAAAAUCUAAUGCAGUUUAUGAAUAUUUAUAUUAUGUUAAUGUUCAAUCAGCAAGUGGUGAUUUAGGUUUUCAAGCAUUAGCAUCAUGGUAUGGUUGGGCAAAAGAUCCAAUUGUUCAAACUGAUCAUUCACGUAUAGAAGGUAUAUCCGAUGAUAUUCCACUUGUAUUUAUUUAUGGUUCACGAACGAAUAUUGAUAAUACAGCUGCACAUCAAAUUCUUCAUCAACGUGGUCUUAAUAAUACUUGUAUUAAAAUUAUUCAUAAUGCUGCACAUUUCUUUUUUAUGGAAAAACCACUUCAAUUUCAUGAAGUAAUGAGUGAAAUAUUAAGUGAUUUACCACAGAAUUUUCAUACAUUGGCAUCAGGAGAUAAAACUAUAACUACAACAAUACUUUCAGAGUAA